CCCCGUCUUCAUUAUCCCUGGCGUUGGGAAUCGAGAGCCAGCACAUCUGCCACUGCCAAUCUGGGUUUCAAGCUCGCAAGCUGCGGAGGGGCCGGGCACAUGGUACUGUCCCUGGUCUGGAGAGCCCCCGCGCGAAAACAAUGACUGCCCUAGAUCGAGAACAUCGGCCACAUCUUCCCCUUUCGGUAACCACGCGCGGACUGGGAACGAUAACAGGUGACACAACCCUUGCUCGUUCAUCGAGCAGUGUCCUCGCUUGGGCUACCUACCAUCGCGCGGUGACUUAAAUAUCACGAUGCGCUGCAUCCCUGUGUGUAUCGAGCUCAUGUCGAUCCUACCAUCUCUGCAUCCGCCAAGCCUCUCGUUCUUUGUGAUUAGCUGCUCACUCUCUACACUCUUUCGCCCAUCAUGAAGUUUACGGCCGUCGCCAGCACUGCAGCUCUCGUUGCCGCCGUUACCGCCGAUCCCAUUGGUCACGGUUGGCAGGCCCCCAAGCCUGGCUACAGCCGCUCUCCCUGCCCCAUGUUGAACGCCAUCGCGAACCACGGCUAUAUUUCGCGUAACGGCAAGAACAUCUCGCUGCCGGAGCUGCAGAACGGCUUCAAGGAGGGCGUCAACUUUGUCGCCGACAUCCUGACGCAGGUCGGCAACAUUGCGCUGACCAUCUCGACCACGGGCAACGCCUCGACCUUCAACCUGCACGACCUCGGCGCGCACAACGUCAUCGAGCACGACGGCUCGCUCUCCCGCAAGGACAUGUACUUUGGCGACCAGGUCCCCUUUGACCAGGCCACGUGGAAGACGACCGUCUCCCAGAUGACGGGCCCCACGGUGCCCAUCGCCACGGCCGGCAAGAUCCGCCUCAACCGCCUCGCCGCUGCCCAGGCUGCCAACCCUGAGUUCACCCUCAACGACCUCGGCACCCAGGCCUCUGUCGCCGACACGGCCCUGUACCAGAUCGCCCUGGGCGACAUGGUGAACGGCAACCCAAAGACCAAAUAUGUCAAGAUCCUCUUUGAGCAAGAGCGCAUUCCCUUCAACGAGGGCUACAAGCGCAAGGAUGAUCCCAUCACUCAGGAGAAACUUGACGCCGUCAUUGCUCAGGUGGCUGCUGUCGUUUAAGUCAUGAUAUGGUGUCUCGGGGUAAGGGGUUAAAGAGUAAGCGAUUAGGCCUGGAUUAUGUGUGCUGCCGGUGUUUGUGUCUUAUGAGACCAGUUAAAUCAAUUGAGCCUAGGCAUCAUCGUACACUAUCCUGAGUCGAAGAUUCUGGGAAUGGGUGACAGCUUGGUUCGCAUAUCGUGUCCACAUAGAGCAUAAGCAUACAUUCAGUGGGCAGUAUGAUAAACCAU